AUGAUGAUUUUUUUAUGUAAUGAAGCAGAGGCAAAUUCUUCAGAUGAACUGGACUCUGAAGCAGAUUGGAGUGAGGACAGCAAUGACAUUGUACAUGGAAAUGAUAUGUGGACUGCUUGGAGUUAUGGAGACCACAAGUUUGAUGAAAUUCAAUUUCUUUUGAAAUCAGGGUAUCGGACACCAAGAGUUAAUCAGCCUAAAACAACAAGUAUGCAGUCUAGCCGCUCUAUUAAAAAACUCGACCCUGACGUUGUAAGCAGAAUUGCUGCCGGCGAAGUUGUGUUAAGGCCCGCAAACGCCUUGAAGGAAUUGAUUGAAAACAGUCUAGAUGCUGGAGCCACCUCAAUUAAAGUGGAAGUUAAAGAUGGAGGAAUGAAGUACCUCCAAAUUGUGGAUAAUGGUUGUGGUAUUAGGAAAGAAGAUUUAGAUCUAGUUUGUGAAAGGCAUGCCACUAGUAAGCUUGAGAGCCUUGAUGAUUUGCAGUCAGUGAGCACUUACGGUUUUAGAGGUGAAGCUUUAUCCAGCAUCAGCCUUAUAUCCAAUGUCUCAAUAGUAACUAAGACAGCAGAGGAGAGAUGUGGAUAUAAAGUUUCAUACUGUGAGGGCAAAGUGAAAGACAAACCAAUUCCCUGUGCUGCUAACCAAGGGACUGCAAUCACUGUCGAAAAUCUAUUCUACAACGUGCCCCUUCGUCAAAAGGCCCUGAAGAAUUUGUUUGAAGAACACAAGAGAGUACAGGAUGUUGUUGGUCGGUAUGCUGUACAUAAUGCUUCUGUGGGAUUUUCUUUGAAGAAAUAUGGUCAGAAUCACCUCUAUAUUAACUCAAUGAAUAAUACUUCUACCAAAGAUGUCAUUGGCUUAAUUUUUGACACAAAUAUAGCUAGAAAUUUGCUAGAGAAAGAAGGAUCUGAUGACACAUUGCAGUUCAAAUACAAAAUUUUGGCCACAAGCUUGAUAUAUUCUGCUAAACAAAUGAUAUUCCUUUUGUUUAUUAAUCAUCGUCUUGUUAAAUCCGAAGGUUUACAAAAAGAAAUUGCAGAGCUAUACAAUAUAUAUUUACCUCCAAAAUCAUAUCCAUUUGUAUACAUAAGUUUGGAAAUGCCUUCUGCAAACGUCGAUGUAAAUGUCCAUCCCAGAAAGGAAACUGUCUUUUAUCUGCAUGAAGAAUAUAUUAAUAAGAAAAUUUUAACAGUAAUUCAGCAAUUGGUGUUAGGCAAAGAUGCAUACCAAACUUAUAAACAAGAAACUUUGUCAUUCUCUCAAAGAGAACUUUCUCAGAAGGACACUUCUGACUUAACAUCUUUAGAAGAUAGAUGUAUUGUUGCUGGAGAGAAAACGAGUGUAGCAAACAAUGAAACAGACCUUAACAAAGAUCUUGCUCCCGCAGAGGAAACGGCUUUGAUGGAAGUAACCCCAAAAGAUCCUGAGAAAAGCAUUUUUGAUAAAUCAAUGAAGGGUGUCUCUUCACAAUCUAUGAGCUCAGAGCGCAAACAAUCUUCUAUCAAAAGGAAGGAAAAAAGUGCCCCAACAUCACAAAGAAAUUCUUUGAAAAAACAAUUUGCUGUGGACCAGAGUCCCAAAGCAAAUGAUGAGAACCUACUACCACCUUCUGAAAACUCCAUGAAUAGUGAAAUUGCUAAUUUAAUGUUCGAUCAAGAAAUCGACUUUGAUAAUGUAGAGAUAAUAGGGGAUACUAAUAACACCAUUACAAAUGAUCAUAGUUUAUUAGGAAGUGUUAACGCCUGUAAAACAGAAGAAAGUUCGGUGCUAUCCAUACCAAGUGUUGAUGCUAUGAAGAAAACCAUUAUCAAUUCAUGUGACAAAUAUCUUAAAAAUUUAUUAGAGGUUUCGACAUUCGUUUCUUGUUCAAAUUAUGAUGAAAUAUUAAUUGCAAAAGAAGAUAAUUUGUAUGAAUGUUUGUUUAAAGAUUUUUGUAAGGAAUAUUUCUACCAAGUAAUUGUUAAUGGUCUAGGAAAUUUAGACAUAUUGAUGUUUUCUGAACCUGUACCAUUAAGUGAACUUCUUCAAAAUGCAGAUUCAGAUUGGACAUGUAGUCUUGAAGCAGCUCAGAUGCAAUUAAUGAAAAAUGCAGAAAUUCUGGAUGAAUUUUUCAAUAUUAAAAUAGAUGAAAAUGGGAACUUGCUUAGCCUUCCAUGGUUACUAGAAGGAUAUUUUCCACCAAAGAACCAUUUGCCAGAAUUCAUUAAGCAACUUGCAUGUGAUGUGACAUGGGAUGAAGAUAAUAAUUGUGUAGAUGAUAUAUGUCUACUAAUAGCUUCAUAUCAUAGCAAGUUUCCAACUGAUGAAGUGAGUAAUUUUAAUGAAAUUGCCGUGGGCAUGUAG